AUCCAUCCGUCCGUCCGUCCGUCCGUCCGUCCGUCCGUCCGUCCAGCCAGCCUCUGCCCUGUGGGUCGGUCGGUCCGUCCGGGCGGUCAGCGGGACCAUGGCGGUGUCGGUGCCCCCGGUGGUCAGCGCGACUUCGAGCGGCGGGGCGGGGGCGGCGGGGGCCGGGGGCUCGUCCGGAGCCUUCCGCGCCGACCCCCUCUACUCCCCGAGCCCGGCGUCCGAGUCCCCCCGCCUCACCCCCAGCCUCAUCAACCCCUUCAUCUCCUCAGGAGGAGGAGGAGGAGGAGGAGGAGGAGGAGGAGGAGGAGGCAACGACUGUAAGAUGGUCGACCUGCACGGGGUGAAGGUGGCCUCCUUCCUGGUGGACGGGCAGGAGCUGAUCUGCCUGCCGCAGGUCUUCGACCUCUUCCUCAAGCACCUGGUCGGGGGCCUGCACACGGUUUACACAAAGCUCAAGCGGCUGGAUAUAGCGCCGGUGGUGUGCACGGUGGAGCAGGUGCGGGUCCUGCGGGGGCUGGGGGCCAUCCAGCCCGGCGUCAACCGCUGCAAGCUCAUCACCAGGAAGGACUUCGAAACUUUGUACAACGACUGCACCAACGCCAGCUCCAGACCAGGAAGACCCCCGAAGCGCUCCCUGGGAGUAGCCAUCCAAGAAAACGCACGUCUUCUGCCCCACGGAGUUCCUGGGCUCUUGUCUCCCGGCCUCAUCUCCCCUACAGGUCUGACGGCGGCAGCCAUGGCGGAGGCCAUGAAAUUACAGAAGAUGAAACUCAUGGCCAUGAACAGUCUCCACGGCGGCGGGAGCCAGAACGGGACCGAAUCCGAAAACGAAGAGCUCAAUUCCAAUGCAGGUGGGAGUGAAUCUUCCUGGGAUAAGGAAAAGCUUCAGUCUCCUAUAACUGCAGGAUCCCAGCACGGGGUUGGUCAUCCCACCCUGUCAGGACAGCACAGCCUUGGAAGCACCCACUCUCUCAGCCCCCUCCAGCAGAACCACCUGCUAACCAACAGGCUCGAUCUGCCGUUUAUGAUGAUGCCCCAUCCCCUUCUUCCAGUCAGCCUACCUCCCGCAUCGGUUGCUAUGGCAAUGAACCAGAUGAACCACCUCAAUACUAUAGCCAACAUGGCUGCCGCGGCCCAGAUACACAGCCCUCUCUCCAGAGCGGGGGCCUCCGUGAUCAAGGAGCGGAUUCAGGACAGCCCAUCCCCGGCUCCUUCUCUGGAAGACAGCCACCGGCCGGGGAGUCAUGCUUCUUCACAUCAGAGCAGCAGCGUCUCCAGCUCUCCUUCCCAGCUAGACAACACACCGGAUAGAAUCGCUCUGCUGUCCAAUCCCAGAGAAGGGGAGCUUCCUGACCAGGAUUCUGCUGGACCCAAUCUAAAAAAACUCCAGAAGGAUAAAGAAGAGGUGCAGAUCGCCAUCCCGAUCAUGAAGCCGACCUUAGAGAAAGUCCAGCUGGCGGGGCAGACCUUGCCCCCAGGAUUCCCGGCUCCUUUUCUCUUCGCUGACGGCCUGUCGUCGGUAGAGACGCUUCUAACCAACAUUCAGGGCCUGCUGAAAGUGGCUGUGGAUAAUGCCAGGGUCCAGGAAAAACAGAUCCAGCAGGAAAAGAAGGAACUGAAAAUGGAGCUGUGUAGAGAGAGGGAGCUGAGGGAGAGUCUGGAAAGGCAGCUUACUGCUGAGCUGCAGAGCAGAGCAACAAUUCAAAAGCGCUUGAAGAAAGAGAAAAAAGCCAAAAGAAAAUUGCAGGAAGCCCUGGAGUUUGAAUCCAAGAGAAGAGAGCAAGUGGAGCAGGCCCUUAAGCAGGCUACCUCCGGAGAAGGGCUCAGGAUGCUAAAUGAUGCUGGAAUCCCAGAGAUGGAAAUAGAACACAAUGGGACUCAACACAACAGUGCAACCACGCAAGAAAACAGAACAUACAUCAAACCCACUAUUAUGUACUGAAGGAAAAUGCCUGUUGUGGGAAACUAUUUACCACCCAUUAUCUGAAGACUGUAUAGUUCACGAGAGAAGUCCCUUCCGACCUUUGAUGCCUUCAGUGCUGUGUGAAGAGAACGGAAUGUGUAGCAUGAAACCCGAAGGGCAAUUUCAAGCAAGCUAAACUGUUGCUGCGUCGAAAACUGCCGUGUUGUCAUUAAGAAACCGUAAGACUUUUUACAAGCUUUCCCAUACCAAACCAAGCCUGUCUCUCCAAAUCAUUUUUAGGCCCCAGAAGAUAGAGGUUUUAGUAUUUUUAAGCACAUACUGGAAAGAAUUCCCCACAAUAACUAACUUUUUUUUUUUAAAAGGAGGUAGCUAUUACUGUAUAGCAAUAGCACAAACAAUCUUAUUAGGCCGCAAAGGUCCCUGCUGGCUUGACACAAGACUGAGAGAUCAGACGAAUCCGGUUUGUCACUGAAACUGUCCAAAACGGAGCUGUUUCAACUGUGUUUAUAAAUUAAGCUUUGUUUACUGAAGCUGAUAUUCAAUAUAUAUUACGUUUUGAAGAGAAAUGCGUGUACAUUUUUUAAAACAAUGAUGUAAAAAUCGUCCUUUCAUUAGAUGACCAAUUCAAGAAUGUGAGCUAAACCCCGAUAGCUGAAGUAAUUAAUAUGAGGAUUAUUAUAAUUGAUGCUUUUUUUUUAAUGCUCAGUUCAGUGUGGCUUUUGGUCUAUUAAGAUGACAAAAAAAUGAAUAUGCAGUAGAGUGGUAGAGAAUAGAAACUUUUAAGUAUGGUUUCUCUGUUGUACCAUAUUAAGUUAAAGUACACCUUCUUUGUUAAAAUGUUCUUGCUAAAAUACAGUAUUAAAGACUUUUUGUUUGACUUUGGAAA